AUGGCGUCUUAUCAACUAGCCAGAAUGGCUGACGCAUCACCGUUCGAACCGCUUGCAGACGAUCUUCUCUCCAUUAUCCUCCGUCUCGUCGGUAGAUCCAACGGCCAGUUCCAGCACGCGCUUGUGUGUAAAAAAUGGCAUCGCAUUGCCCGUAGCGUGCACGACCACAUCCAGAUUCGCGAAGAGCGUCGCAUGCGUCCUCGCGAGCUGCUCGCGCACCUCUCGUCAUUCCCAGGGCUCCGAAGGCUCGUUCUCCCCAAAGGAAGCAUCACGUCCAUCCCUGACUCCCUCCUCUCGCGGAUUGCCGACACGUGUCCAGAUCUGACGGACCUACAAGUCGAUACGAUGGAUCAAAGGUACAGACGCGGAGGGUUCACUGAGAACGGGCUUUCGUAUCUCCUUGAGAAGAUCACGCGGCUGGAGGCGCUUCAUCUUGAUUGUCAGUCAAACCUGACCGCCAUUCCCGCUUCAAUCGGCGGCCUUGCGUCACUCAAGAGCCUGCACAUCACCGACCGGGGGAGAAUCCCUCUCCUUCCAGACGCGUUCACCUCGUUACAGUCACUCGCGCAUCUCGUGAUUGAAAUGUACGGCCUGGAUGAACUGCCUCAGCACUUCGGCAAUCUGAUGCUGCUCAAGUCGCUCCGGCUGGAAAGAUGCACGCGUCUCCGCUCCAUUCCCGAUUCUUUCGGGCAGCUUACCAACUUGACGCAUCUUUCCAUCAACGGCUGUGAUUUAGGGCUUCAGCUGCCCGAGUCCAUCUCCAACCUUUCGUCCCUGCUGAACCUCAAAAUUUCCAACUGCGAACACCUUUCGCCGCUGCCCGAGAGUUUUGGUAACCUGCCCGCGCUUGAAACCAUUCGUCUGGAGGCCGUGGGGGGAAUUACCAGCCUUCCCGCCAGUCUCGGGCAGCUGCAGCGGCUGCGGCUCCUUUCCGUGAUCUACUGCCGCAAUAUGGACUUUAUUCCUGCCUCCCUUUCCCACCUGCCUUCUCUCACGGACCUUAUCCUCCUCAACCUUCACCUCCAGCAUAUGCCUGUCGACAUCGCUCUCCUCCCACGCCUACGCACGCUCAGGCUAGACGUUGGAAUUGCCGUGCACCUGCGUCCCUCCGAAUACCUCGCCACCACACUCAAGGUCCUCACGCUUCAAAGGGCUGGAACUUUGCAAUCUUUGCCCGAGGAAUUCGGGCAGCUGACUGCCCUGGAGUCACUGUACUUGGUUAAGCUUCCGCAGCUCAGCAGCCUGCCAGCAGCCUUUGGCAACCUGAUGAGCCUCAAGGAGCUGAGAAUAGACACAUGCAGCCUGCUGACGCAGCUUCCAGACUCCCUCACUCUGCUUUCUUCCCUCGAGCUGCUGGACAUCAGUCAGUGCCGCAACCUGACGGUGCUACCGCAGGGCAUGGGGGAUGGUCUGUGUAGCCUGCGCAGACUGACUCUGCUCGCAUGCACAGCUCUCACCCACCUCCCUCCAUCCUUCUCCAACCUCUCCUCCCUCGAAACCCUAGAAAUAUCUGAAGCAACCAGCUUACUAGACGCGCUACCAGACUGGUUCUCCCACAUGACAAGCCUCAAGGAGCUGUAUCUCUCCUCCCUGCCGCACCUGCCCGCCCUGCCAGCCUCCCUCCCUGCCAUCGCCCGCUCUCUCACCAGCCUCGUGGUCGUCAGAUGCACGCGAAUUGAGGCGCUGCCAGAGGAUAUCGGACGGCUGAGAUCGCUUGAAACACUCCAUCUUAGCGAACUGCGCAAUCUGAAGUCGCUCCCGCGGUCACUGUGGCAGCUGCAGCGGUUGAAGUCUCUGGAAUUGAGUUGCUGCAGCGCGCUGGAGUCGCUGUUAGGGGAUGAAGACCUGGGGGAUGCACACACGGGCGAUGCACACACGGGAGCUGCCGGGCAAGAGCUUGGGGGGAGAAUCACCUGCCGUGAGUUACCCGGUCUCACUGGUAGCAGCAGUGUCACUGGCAGCUGUGGGGGAUCUGAGGAGAGUGACAAGAGACUGUUGCUUCCCUACCUUGGCCAUCUCAAGAUUGAGAAGCUUCCCCUGCAACUGCUCGGUCCAUCGCUGGGUUGCUUCCUGUCGCUAACCAAGCUGGAAAUUUUGCAAGUGGAUCGGCUCCGCUCACUCCCAGACUCCAUCUCUCGUCUCUCUCGCUUGCAGUCACUGGCGAUCAUGGUUGCCGAAAGCCUGGUAGCUCUGCCAGAGACAAUAGGGCAGCUCUCAGCUCUCACAUCCCUCGACCUUACCAGUGCCAUGAGCUUGACUGCUCUGCCCGAGUCGUUCGGGCAGCUGAAGAAGCUUCAGUCUUUAGGAAUUCACAACAGCCCGGGCCUAACCAGGCUUCCCGAGUCCUUCCCUGGUCUCUGCAGGCUGGAGUCGUGUUCUUUGUCCGAUGUCGGGAUUUCGUGCCUUCCAGAUGACUUUUGGAAGCUCUCUGCUUUGAAGAAACUAACUCUACAGUCGCUGCCCGAACUCUGCAGCCUGCCCGAAACUUUUUCGCAGCUGCCCGGACUGGAGGAAUUGAGCCUGUUGCGGUGCAAGCUGCUGGCUCGAGCGAACCUGGAUGAGGGAGAGCGUGCGGUGGUUGGCCCGGAGGACGAGGAUGAGGAGGAGGGAGAGGAGGAGGAGGAUGAGGAUGGGGAGGAGGAAGAGGGGGAGGAGGAAGAGGAUGAGGAGGAGGAAGAGGAUGGGGAGGAGGAUGAGGAUGGGGAGGGGGAAGAGGAUGGGGAGGAGGAAGAGGGGGAGGAGGAGGAAGAGGAUGAGGAGGAUGAGGAUGGGGAGGAGGAGGAGGAGGAGGAGGAAGAGGAGGAGGAGGAGGAAGAGGAUGAGGAUGAGGAGGAGCAAGAGAGGAUGAGGGGAGAGGGGAAUGAAGGGGAGGGGAGAGAAGGGGAAGGGAGUGAAGGAUUGCACUGCUGUCACGCAAAGGUUGCACCGCUGAAGCCUGCCUAUGUCACUCCACCACUCUCCCUCUCCCCCAAUCGCCCCCUCCUCGCUGUCUUCCGCUCUGCCCUCUCCCGCGACGACAUGUCAGCAGCCAACUUCACCGGCUUCGCUUCCAACGCGCCAGGUGGUGCUGAGGUGGCGUCUCUCGACGCCACGCUGUCAGGAGCUUUGCAAGCCAGAUGUGCCUUUGAAGGUGGCAAUACAGAGGGUGGUGGUGGUACAGCGAAUCUGGACGAGGGAGAGCAUGCAGUGGGUGGCUCAGAGGAAGAUGAUGAAGGGGAAGUGUGGAUGGGGGAAGCGGAUGAGGAGAGCGAAGGGGAGGAACGAGAGGGGAGUGAUGGUGAGGGUCAUGAAGAGGAAGAGGGAGAGGAUCGAAGGCAAUGGGAUGGUGGUUGUACUGCAGGCGGGAGUGGUACUGGUGGUGUGGGGGGCGGCACUGGUGCGGUUACCAAUGCAGCCGGCAGUGGUGUGGGUGGCACGGGCUGCACUAGCGGUGUUGGUGCAGAUGGCAGAAGUGCCAGAGGCGCGGGAGGCAGAGGCACUGGUGGUGGUAGUGCAAGCGGGAAUGGUGCGAGUGGGGCGGGUGGUACGGGUGAUGGUGGCGCCUGUAAUGCGGGUGGCGGUGGUGGCGGUAGAAUUGGCAGCAGUGGUGCUCGUAACACGGGUGGAGGUGCGUUGGGAAAUGUGGGUGGCAGUGGUGGCAGUACUGUAGCCGGCUGUGGGGCGGGUGGCAAUGGUGCCUGUAGUGCCGGCGGCAGUGGUGGUGGUGGUGCCGUUGCUGGUGGUGGUGCGAGGUGCCAAAGCGGAUCGGGUGGCAGCACGGGAAGCAGCUCGAGUGGUGGUGCGAGGAGCAGUCACGGCUGUAGCGCGAGUGGCAGCGACUGA